AUUUCCGCUCCGCUCCCUCCCCUAGCGCGCCUGGCCCGUCACUGUUACUCGUCCCAAUCCCAACAGUCCUGGGGUGCCUCUGCUGCAUGGUGCUGCUUAGUGUCUAGUGCGCUGCGUCUUUUAUAUCCAGCCUCCCUCCCGUGCGCGGCGAGCGAGUACACAAGAAAACACAACUCUUCAGUGCAGCCUGUGUGACGCCUUGUGCAUCGUCCCUCCCCUUUGCGACGAGACCCCUUCCACGCUCCCACCAGCAGAUCGCACCGAUUGCUUACCGGUGUUGACGUUCCCAGCGCAGUGACCACCUUCUUUUGACCUCAAUUUACGACUGCGCUCGACGACACCUCUCCUCAGCCAUUCACUCACUCAACCCCCAAUACACAUCCAAUAUGUCUCAAGACGAGAAGGUCCGCUCCUCGGUCGACGCAGCCCGCGACACCGCCCUGCCAGUUCUGCCGACGGUGAACCCAGAUGCACCGACGCCCAAGCCAAACGCGCCGGCCUCCUUUCAUCCUGCCGUCUACGUUGCGACAUGGAUCACCCUCAGUUCGAGCACAAUCGUUUUCAACAAGUACAUUCUGGACACUGCAAAGUUCCAGUUCCCCAUCUUCCUCACAACGUGGCAUUUGGUCUUCGCAACCAUCAUGACCCAGAUCCUCGCGCGCUUCACAACUAUCCUCGACUCAAGAAAGAAGGUGCCCAUGACGGGCAAGGUGUACCUGCGGGCGAUCGUGCCAAUUGGUCUCUUCUUCAGUCUGAGUUUGAUCUGCGGUAACCAGGCAUACCUGUACCUCAGUGUUGCUUUCAUCCAGAUGCUCAAGGCUACCACUCCUGUGGCUGUCUUGCUCGCAACCUGGAGCAUGGGGAUUGCGCCCGUGAACCUCAAGGUCCUCGGCAACGUCUCCUUCAUCGUCCUCGGUGUUAUCAUUGCGUCGUUCGGCGAGCUCCAGUUCGUCAUGGUUGGCUUCCUUUUCCAGGUCGCUGGUAUCGUCUUUGAAGCCGUCCGCCUGGUCAUGGUCGAGCGCAUCCUGAGCUCGAAGGAGUUCAAGAUGGACCCUCUCGUCUCGCUCUACUACUACGCCCCUGCCUGCGCCGUCAUGAACUCCAUGGUUCUGCUCUUCACUGAGCUGCCCACCCUAACAAUGAACGACAUCAACCGCGUUGGUGGCCUUACCCUGGUUGCGAACGCCGGUGUCGCCUUCCUCCUCAACGUCUCCGUUGUCUUCUUGAUCGGCAAGACCUCGUCUCUCGUCCUCACACUCUCUGGUGUACUGAAGGACAUCCUCCUCGUUCUCGCAUCCAUGUUCCUCUUCCGCGACCCCGUCACCCUCCUCCAGGCUUUCGGUUACAGCAUUGCUCUCGGUGGCCUUAUCUACUACAAGCUCGGCGGAGAGAAGAUGAAGGAAGCUCUCAGCGCAGGCAGCAUGAAGUGGGCAGAGUUUGGCCAGACUCGCCCAGCCCUCCGCAAGCUGAUUGUCUUCGGUGGUGUCGUCGUCUCCAUGUUCUUUAUUCUCGGCAGCCUUGGUCCUCGCUACGCCCCUGACCAGACUGGCAAGCUUUACAACGGUGUUCAGAGCGGCAUUGGCCACGUUCUCGGCGAGAAGGGCGCAUAAGCGUCGCAUACCAAAAGCAGAUGUUAAGGGAUAUAAGCAGCACAUUUGGUUCUACUUCUUCCAUGUUUUUCUAUCCUAUAGCCGAAGUGGCUUUGGGAUGGCCUGGGUUUUGGUGUUUGAUAGCAUAGACAAGCGGGCUCUUGUAGGCUCCGCGUACGAGGCAGCGAUUUUGGACUGUUCUUUCGUUUUCUCUGAUUUCAAUCUCCAAGUUCAAACGCAUGUCAGGGAGCAAUGAUGGUGAAUCGAGAGAAUUAUAUGCCGUAUAUACAUAGACUUCGCAGUACCGUGCCUGUGAAGGGGUUGGAUCAGGUAUAUACUCUUCAGCUAAUUAAUGGUAAUGGACUGUGA